AAUAGUAUUUGAAUGUCAGAUGCUGACGUCUUCAUUGUUGUGACGCUUUCAUGAAAGUUCAGAAAUACGGUGUGUGCAAUGACACCAAGCAUUGGACUUAAUUUGCGUGUAACCGGACAUUGUAAUCAAGGUGGUCGAAAAUAUAUGGAAGAUGCUUUUGUUGUUGCGUAUCAACCGAGUGAAGACAAAAAAGAUUUAGAAUAUGCCUACUUUGGCAUAUUCGAUGGCCAUGGUGGAAGAGAGGCCGCCCUGUACGCUAAAGAACAUCUAAUGAAUAAUAUUGUAAGUCAGAAAUCAUUUUGGAGUGAUGAUGAUGAUCAAGUAUUGAAAGCUAUUCGUGAUGGAUUUUUAACUACCCACCAUGCUAUGUGGAGAGAAGUUGGUAAAUGGCCCAAAACUGUUAGUGGUUUGCCUAGUACAUCUGGUACAACUUCAAGUAUUGCCUUUAUACGUCGCCAAAAGCUGUAUAUUGGACAUGUUGGUGAUUCUAAAAUAGUUUUAGGAUAUCAAUUACCUGGUUCAAGAGAAUGGUGUCCAUGUGCUUUGACUAAAGAUCAUAAACCUGAGUCUCCGGAGGAGAGGGAACGAAUCAAUAGUGCUGGUGGUUUAGUAUUAAAUAAAGCUGGUGUAGAGAGAGUUGUUUGGAAUCGCCCACGGCCUGGACAUAAAGGACCUGUCCGGCGAAGUACACUCUUUGAUCAAAUACCAUUUUUAGCUGUUGCUAGGUCGCUGGGUGAUUUGUGGAGUUAUAACUAUUCUCGUGAUGAAUUUGUUGUUAGUCCUGAUCCAGAUGUUAAAGUAAUUAAUAUUAAUCCUCAAGUGCAUCGUUGUGUAAUUUUUGCAUCUGAUGGUCUUUGGAAUAUGGUUAGCAAUGUACAGGCUGUUCGCAUUGUGCAAACAGCUGAAGAAGAAAAUGAAAAGCUAAUCUUAGAUGGAAGUCGAAUGAAUGGAGUUAGCUCUCAGCCAAAAAAUCCUUCAAAGCUAUUGGUUGAUACAGCACUGAAUCAUUGGUUUGAAUUGGGUAUGAGAGCAGACAACACAAGUGUUGUAACUGUUAUGCUUGAUCCUCCAGGCCCACCUAAAAGUGAAGUUUUGUUAAGACAAAGAGUAAUGAAAAGAUUGAGACCACGUGAUGAACUCCUUGAAGAAUCUUCAGAUGCAAAGAAUUUGAAUGCCUUUGACACACCUCCUUCAGUUGUUAUAAAAGAGAAGAAGCGACCAAAUGAAAAUUUCGAGUCUCCUCCUCCCAAAGAGCGAAAGAGAUUUUCAGACUUCGCUCCUGAAAAUGUGUGCAAGGAGAAAAAGCUGUCUUCUGAUUCUGAUGAACCUGUACCAAAAAAUCUGCCGAAACCUGUUAUAUUAUCACCUCAAAGAGUUGUUGUAAAGCAAACAGUCACUCCGGGAGCAUCUGCUCCAAUUCUGAGUCCUGAAAACUCGAACCCGACGGCUGAAAAAUUGAAGACCCCUGAGCCUAGUGUGUCGAAUCAGCCUCUUUUACAACCAAAAUCAAAGAGGAAAGGGCAUGAUCCACCUGGAGAUGGAGUAGAUGACAAUAACUCAAUUUUGAGCAGGAAUAAAAGUGAAUCUAGGAACAACACGCUAAGUGAGUCCAGCAAUAAUACUUCAGAAAAUAAUGAUGAGUCAGUUACUAAAAGUAUGCUUAGUGAAAAUGGAAAAGACAAAAUAAACUCUCUGUCAAAUGUGAUAGUAGGGAGAACUGAGUCUUGUCUUUCAAAAUGUGAAAAAGAAGAUAGUUCUCCUCCAAAUGAUACUAACUGUAAAGAAAAUGGUUGGUCUCAUUUGGAUAAUUUUUAUACAAACAAUGACAGGACUUCAGAUAUAGAAAACUCUGCGAGUACAAAGCAAAUUUCUGUUACUCAGAAAAAUAAAGUGGUUCCUUGCAAAAUAAAACAAUCCAAAAAAAGUACUUUGGCUCAAAGGACAUUUCCUAUGUCUCGGAGACUUCGGUUACAUAGGACUAACCUUUCUUCCGGUAAAACAAACACCACCCGAAGAAGCUAUACUCACAAUACCAGGGCUCAAAGUGGCAUUCGUAAAAUGAAAGUUUGAACAAAAUUUUAUUCAUAUAAACAAAGACAAAAAAACAAAAACAUUUUCAUUAUAAUUUGUGUAUAAAUUUUUUGAUCAAUUUUAAAUUUUUUUCAUCUGUUAUAUAAAUCUAACAUUAUGGUUUAUUAAUUUAUUGUUGCAAUUAUUUUUUUAUAUUUGACCUAUUGAUUUUAAACGUACUUCUAUUAAGUUUCCGAAAUAGGAAAAGUGAUAAAAUUUUUAAAAUAAAAGUUUUAAUCAGCUGAAUCAAACAUUUAAUUAAAACAUAAAUUAAUGAAAUAAUUUUUCUUGUAUUUCAGAAAUUUAUCAAUCUGACUUAUCAUACCUAGUGUAUUACAUAGUAAUUUAUUGGUAGGUAGUUUUUUGCAUUGCUGGAGAUUUAAUAGCAUUAAUGCAUUUGCACAUAUUGUUAAGUUUAAUAUGAACUAUGGUUUCUGCUAUGCUAAGCAAAAUAUUAAAAAGCUAUCGUCAAAUAUUUAAUUGAUGUAUGACAUCUUAGCUAUUUUAAUAAAGAGUAGCUAUUUAUUUAAAUGAACAGCAUAUAAAUAAAUAUAAAUUUUAUUAAAAAAUAAAACCUUUAACAAAAAAUUGACGAGAAUCGCAACAUCACAGGUUUCUGGCAAUGUUUCUAUUGCUUCCAUUUAUUCAGGCAUGGAAAAAUUUAAAAAUUU